CUCAUUGGCGCAUACAGGAAUUUCUCUCUCUAAAAACUUAUUUAAUGUUAAAACUUUCCCCAAAUAGACAACUUUUAGACAUAUUAAGCAUACCAGUCGUUUUCCUGUGCUUGUUCGAGAUGGAUACGACUGACGGAAUUAGAUCUUUUAAAGUUAAAAGUGCAGAUGGAAGCCAAAACAUACCGAGGGCCGGGAAACUAAUACCUAUAGGAGACAGGGCUAAAUCCUGCUUACAAGAAGUGACAAGUCCUCCGACUCCUCCUGUUGUAAGAAAAUUCCGCGAUAGCAACCAGCCUGGACCAGGAGCCAUCAGACUGCACCAGGGGAAAGCAAAGGACCCAGAUGUUGCCAGCGCUCUUGUUCACGGUGUGAGCACAAAGUCAUCCCUCACUGGUGGAAGCCUCCUAAAUCCUCCCCAAAAGACCCUGUUCCAACAGAGGUUGCAAGAUCUCAGUGAAUCUGUGUACGCUUCAAGUAAGAAAGCGCCACUGGGCCGGUCAUAUGAUCAACAACUUCCCACCUGGUACAAUGACAAAACUACAUUUGGUGUGAAAACAAUUAAAGAUUCAGGUGUGCGUGAGCUUAUUAACCCGUCCAAAACUGCAGAGGAGCUAGAGAAGGAAGCUCAGGAAGGACAUGAAAUCUAUGUCCGCAGCCACAAUGACUAUUUUGUUGGUGAACAAAUUGAUAGGAAGUAUGACUGGUGUCACUACAGUAAAGACAGCAGGUUUGGGAUCCUCACACCUCAUUUCAAUGAUGGACGAAACCUCGGAAAGACUCUUCACUGGCAAGGGGAGACCCGGAAGUUUUACAAUCCAAAGACUGUUUGGAAGAGAUCUGGGAACAAGGAAAAGAUGGCGCAACUAAUUGGCAACACCAACAACCUGAGAAGAAACACAUUUCACGCUCCACCUGAUGUCACAUAUGGAAUUCUUUUGUCAGCGGAUGAAUUUGGUGUUGGGGAUAUAAUCCACUCGACGGAGCCAGGGCAGUACGUGAGAGGCCGAGACAGACACCGCAGCCUGGUCAACGCAGUGAGACACCACCUGAAGAAGGCCAACUUCCACAACUUCCCCUCCUUGUUGAAGGCCUUCAGACAUUAUGACAAGAAAGGUAAGGGAGUGAUUGACAGAGAGGACCUGCAGGCAGUGUGCCGUCAGUUCCAGCUGGACGUGAGCGGGCCGGUCCUGGACGACCUGAUGGAUUACUGUGACACGGACAAGGAUGGACACAUUAACUUUGUGGAGUUUGCAAACUUCCUCAACUGGAAGGACAAGAUGCCCAUUAACAGCCGAGAACAACGCAUUAUGAUAAACGAGCGUCACACCAACUCAGCUCCUGUCAACAUGGAAUCAGUGCAGCUUCCUCCCGCUGGGGCCUUGAUUGAGCCCGAGGACCUGGAGCCCAUGGAGCCAGGCAGCUCCCUGAAGACCGUCAGGACCCUGAGGCGGCCGAAAGCAGCCCCAGAUCACUUCAGGACGUCCUCCUCUCUCAUCGGGGCUGUCAGCGAUGGUCUGUGCACACAAAACGGUCGGACGUACGGGAUCCCGUCUGUUCGCUGCGACCUUCCAGCUCCACGCAUCAAGAGAGUCAGUGACACUAAUAACUACGGCGACACACCCACAGCUGCAGAUCUUCUGCAUCCGUCAGUUCACGCCCUCCGAGGGCUUCACGAGGAACACUUCUUCUGUCCUCGCACCAAAAAAGAGAUCGCAGAGAUUUUCAGGAACGUUGGUGUGAAUAUUUCUGAGGAGACGUUUGAGGAGGCCUGGAAGUUGGCAUCCACGAAGAACCCGAGCGGAGAGGUUUGUGUCGAGCUGUUCCGUAACGUACUCGAGGAAAUCAAAGCGAUGUGACACUCUUUGCAGUGAGUUUUUCUAUCAGAUUCUGCUCUGUAGGUUAUAAAAUGUUUCGUUUGAUUAGAAAUCAUUUUUACAAACCAAAAGAGACAGAAUUCAACCCCUGUAGUGACAUUUUUUUUUAAAACAUAAUGCAAGAAUCUCUGUUUUUUUCACAUAACCGUCCUCAAUAAUCUCAUCAUGAAGUAAAAAGAAAUUCCCAAAAUAAAUUUGUUUGCUGACACUUAUUUCAGUGGAGCAAUACGGCCCCGUCGUGUUUAUUUCUCAUUUACAUGAACGUGGGAGUCGACUGCUGAAUGAACAGAUUCGGUUUUUUUCAGCUGGAGCUUUGCAUAUCUCAGCAUUAAUAGAAGGAAGCAGUAUGCUAAAUGUGAGUCUUAUCUGUGCCAGUAUUUGAUCUGCUAGGUGACCUAACUACUGAGGACAACACAAUGUGCACAUGAUUUAUCAUCAGCCACAACAUUAUGACCGCUGACAGGAGCUAUAAAUAACAUCAACUAUCUUGUGACACAAUGUUCUGCUGGGAAACUUUUGGACCUGGCAUCCAUUAAUAUGGAUGUUACUUAGACAUGUAGCACCCAC